CCUGGCUGAUUUUGCAAUAACUCACACGAGUAUAUGCAGUGUAAGGUAUAAAAUUACAUUUGACACGCUCGACACGGGUGAACGUAUUAAGGGGGAUUGAAACUGGAAUGCCGCCCCCAAUGGCGGCAUAUUUUAGUAUUCUCCUCGAUGGAUCGGAUGAGAGAUGUUGCAGUUAUUGCUUGCGGCAUGAAUGUAUAGGAGGCAGAUAGACACGUACUGUAUAUCUCACGUUUUAUUUUGAUGAGUUUCAUUUCGUGUCUAGACGAAUACAUGUGUUCCCUCCAUGUCUCGAAUGAGACCCCGGCGGAAUGCUGUCACACCUUCGCACUGGUCACACGGCCCUCGAUGUGUUUUCAUUAUUCAUUCAAGAGACAACAUACAAGUGCGGAGCGAGGCGAGAAUUCGGUUUCUUGUCUUCUUUGACACCUCGCGUUUUUUUUCGAGGAAGGAAUAACAAAAAUACACCGGCGAGACUAUAGUGAGGGUGACGAAAUGGCAUUCGUGAUUGAGAAGGGUUUUCAAGGAAACUAUAAAUAAAUAGUCGAUUACACGACCUCGUGAGACUGAAUUACUAUUGUUAUUAUUUUUCAUAUCCAAUUUCGCAUCAUAAUGGUCGUGGAGAUAAGUCACGCCCGAUUCCCACCGAACUAUGAAAGGUCAUCCUCUCAGCGUGCGACGUAUAUUAUACCCCCCUCUGUGCUUUUGGAUAAGACCAUCAAAAAUCACACGGACUAAUAAUCAUAUUUGCCGAGCUAUGAAUACAAUCAUAAAUCCUCCAGGCCGCGGUGAUGUGACAUCUCAAUUUGUACCACAUGACACUUUGAUUUUAUGGGGGAUAUUAUGACGCUCUUAUGACGCUGUUUUUCUUUUCAAGGGGAAGCUGUAAUACGAUGUGAAUGGAGUGCUUCCGAGCGACAGAGCGCAAGCCUCUUCUCGACAGAUACACGACGUUACUAGUACAGUGUCCUUACCCUGUGGAAUUCUAUAUUGUAUAAUUUAAUAUCAAAACACAAGAGUACUCCAGGAAUAUGAAAUCGUUUCGCCGUAUUUGAAUAUACAUGCACAGGUUAACAGCUGAAGUCCAUUAGCAUCUCUCCAACGCCUCUCUAUCUCUCAACGCCUACACAGUACCAGCUGUAUAGAAGGUGCCCGCAAGCACUUUGUAGACGUAAAAGAAUAAGGAUGACGAGCUAUAAUUCGCCAUCUUGGGUCAAGCAGCAUCAGACUGUAUAGCAGACGGCCGUUGAUAAUCCUCAUGAAUAAGAAACACCUUCCUAUUCCUUCUUGUCCGACCUCUCAGACGUGAUAUUACAAGAAAAAAAAAGAGUCUAGAGCGCCAGCCCUCGCCCUAGCGGGUAGCUCUUAGUGUAAUUUGUUUCUUGUGGGGGCACGCUGGCGUAAACAAGGAGGGGCGCAUGGUAGAAUAACGCGGACUCCCGUCGAGGCUAACGCCUUUCACCUCACGACCACCAAUCAAGCAAUCAAGCGGGUCUCAGUCAUGCCAGAUUACCUGUUUAUCUCCACACCAUACAUCAUUCUCUCAAUUCUUUCUCCUACGGAGCGCGCCCCUCGCGUAAAUGUUGGUUCUAAUUCGUCCGGCUAUUUCUCAGCGGUACAUCCCUCGGAGAUCUAACGCGAGCUAUAUUGAGAGAAAUUGAUGUAAUCUAGCCGUCCGACCGUAACGCUGGGUUAAUAUCGACCUUUUUCUUCUUCCUCUUCCUUCUCUUCCACCAGCCAGUUUGCGCUGACGGGGAUGGUUUAUUCUCAGGAACGUGGAGUUUGUACAAUCCCUUGUUCGGCCUGAUUGGAGACUCGACGAAAGAGUACGUACGAAAUUGAAAGCAUGGAUAAAAGAAGCUUUUCAUUGCCCGAGGAGAGUACUCAUGUUAAUGAUAUUGAUAUCCAUCUCGAUGGAUCGGCUAACGAGUCGAAACGCGAAGGAGUUGUGGAAAGAUCCCGCACAUCGCCGAACUCUCGACGUCGCGUACUGUCGGACGUAAUGCCUAUACAAAGACAGGGCAGUCGUGAUCAUUCCAGCUACCAUAUGUGUGAUUUGCCAGAACUAAGGGAAGAGGAAGUACAGGGAGGAGAUGUAGGAGUUAGAGAUGGCAGCGAACAUGAAACAAGAAGCCCUCACUUGCAUCCGCCAUCGAGCCAUGGCAGGAGAUCUCGACGGAGUUCAGCACCGACCUUAUUAGAGCCCAUUCAAGAAGGUCUUUUUGGAGCAGGUCGAAGGAACAGUACUCCCACGGUUAUGCCGCUACCAAAUCGACGGGAGGCGUCGCUAUCCCCGGCAAGAUGUGGCGACUCGCCUCCUCCUCGCUCGCCACGGCUUUGUUCGAAAGUGGCUCAUCCAUCGGUUGGUGUCACACCGGAAGAAGACCUGGCGGUGAGACUCCAAAGACGUCGGCGGUCCGAACCUGACCAUCACCUCAAAGGACUUCAAGCCAAUAUCCUCUACACGACGGAAGGCUUCUUUCCGCAACCAAGGCGAAACAGCCUGGCUACGGCCACUCUCAAUGACAUUGCAGCUCGCUUUGAACUACUUGACACCCGGAAGAAAGUGGUUGAGGAAGGUGCUGAUGGGCGAAAUGCUGCCUUGCCUGGAGCAGGAAGCCGCUCUGGCUUCAGGUGCGAAGGUGGUGCCCAUGCACCUCCUCCAAUCAGUGUGACUGAAGUCCAUUACUGACCAAACAUUUCUAUUCUGACAUGAUCGCGGGAAUAUGAAUAUUCGUGUCAUAACUCAAGUACUUCUAGAAUAGGAAACUCUUCAACCUUGUGCUAUUAAAAUCAAUUCAUUUAUAUAUUUUAUAUCAAGUCUACCAAGGGGUAUGGCUGAAUGAUCAAAUUCGUUUCUAAAGAUGUUGUCUGUAAACGAUUUAGGGCUUAUUGAUUUUAAUCGAUUAUGUUGGUUUAACUUUGUAAAUAAUAUGUAUUACUCCAUUACGAGAAAUAUUCACAGUUUACUAGAUAUAUAUUUUGCUUUUGUUUUCGCAAGAUAUCGUCGUUAUGAAUGAUGCUAUAUGGAUGGAUUUAAGGUGCUUAUAGAGAGAUUGAAAAAGACGUAUCCAUGGAAUUAAAUUUUCUUGUCAUCUUCAUUACAUCCAAACGCGAUUAUUGGAGACGUUCGGAUUUACAUAAUCUGGGAGGAUUUAGACGAAGCGCUAUCUAAUCAGUGAAUUACACCAUGAUAUCACUAAUGUCAGCUAGCAGACGAUUUUUUUUCAAUUCAAUAUAGUUUUUUACUGCGGCUCCCGAUGCCGCCACCAUCAUAAGAUCUUUGGUAAGCACGAACUGCAGUUUCUGAAAUAUAAAUACGUCUCCGCAUUUAAUGAAAUUCUAAUCAAAGAAAAGAAAUGGUCGACCGACAUAACCUUACUCGACAUCCAGCAUUGAUGAGUGUCCGCAAGAUAGCAUGAGUAAUCAAAUGUCCUGAUGGGCGCCCUUCUGUGUCGUAUUGUCAUGACUGUCUG